GACAUCGGUGAGAGAGUUCAACACAAACACACACAGAGCGAGGGAGAGAAAAAGAAGAGAGAGAAAUGGCUACUCUAACCGUUCCUCCUGUUCCUACUUCCCCACAGGAUGAUGCUAUCCAACUUUACCGCGCUUUCAAGGGAUUCGGCUGUGACACUGCAGCAGUGAUCAAUAUUCUUGCCCAUCGUGAUUCAACACAGCGCUCACUCAUCCAACAAGAAUACAGAAAACUGUAUUCUGAUGACCUUCUUAAAAGGUUGUCUUCAGAGCUUAGUGGCAAACUAGAGACUGCAGUUUUACACUGGAUGCAUGAUCCAGCGGGACGCGAUGCAAUUAUAUUAAAGCAGGCAUUAAGUGGGGACUUCUUGAAUCUUGAAGCUGCCACUGACGUGAUAUGUUCUCGGACUCCGUCCCAGAUACAGAUUUUUAAGCAAGUCUACUAUUCGAUGUUUAGAGUUUACCUUGAACAUGAUAUUGAAAGACAGGCCUCUGGGGAUCAUAAAAAGCUUUUGCUUGCAUAUGUGAGCACGUCACGUUAUGAAGGCACUGAAGUUGAUAAGGAGAUGGCUGAAAAGGAUGCAAAGGCUCUCUUUAAAGCAGGGGAGAAAAAAAUUGGAACGGAUGAGAAAACUUUUAUCCGCAUUUUUAGUGAACGGAGCCGAGCACAUUUGGUUGCUAUCAACUCUGCUUACCAUAACAUGUAUGGGAACACGCUGAAAAAGGCAGUGAAGAGCGAAACUUCAGGGAAAUUCGAGCUUGCCCUUUUGACCAUCCUAAAGUGUGCAGAGAAUCCUGCAAAGCAUUUUGCAAAGGUACUACACAAGGCAAUGAAAGGCUUGGGCACUGAUGACACGACACUCAUAAGGGUAAUCGUAACGAGGACUGAGAUUGAUAUGCAGUAUAUAAAAGCCGAGUACCACAAGAAAUACAGGAAGCCAUUGAAUGAUGCAGUUCACUCAGAAACAUCGGGCCAUUACAGGACAUUCCUUCUCUCCCUUCUGGGUCCGAACCAUUAAACGUCACAUGAUAGUUAUGUGCUGCUUACAGAGGACAGCAAUGUGCCACUCCAUGGAGUUAACUUUCAAUUUGAAUACACAAGUUAUUACAGACUCGUUGCUUUGUUAUGCA